AUGGCCAGCGCGCGGGCGAGGGGCAAGAUGCCCGAGACGGCCAUCGAUCUCACCAGUUCCGGCCCCGGCUCUCCCGUCGCUGCCGCGCCGGCGCAGGCCAGGCCCGCGGGCUCGGCCUUCCAGCCCUACAGCGGCGCCAAGAAGCUUGUCAUCAAGAACCUCCGCGCCUCGACCAAGAGCGACGCCGCCCAUGUCGACGAGUACUAUGCGCGGACCGAGAGGGAGCUGCAGGCGGCCAUCGAUGCCAUCCUGGCGGGCGAGCGUCCCGCGGUUCCGCUCGAGCGGUUAUAUCGCGGCGUCGAGGACAUGUGCCGAAGGGGGCAUGCGGCCAAGAUUUGCGGCAUGCUCACGAACCGUGUGGACCAUCACCUUCAGGACGUGGUGUUGUUUAGGAUAAAGCGAGCGGGAGCCGGCUCGGAUCUGGACACGCUGAGGAGCGUGCUGGCCGAGUGGAAGACGUGGAAUUCUCAGGCGGUAAGCAUUACACUGCGGUCGACGUUUAGCUACCUCGACAGAACAUACCUACUUCGAGAAUCACUACCGUCUAUUAACGACAUGACCAUUGCCUACUUUCGGCGAAUGGCGUUUGCACAGCCGGCGGUUCCUGCAGACCGCCUGACGGGCAAGCGAGCAGUGGCAGGUAUCUGCGAGAUGGUAGAGUACGACCGUCGGGGUGACGGGCGCAUGGACGGCAGCCUUCUCAAGGACGCCAUAAGAAUGCUUUACGUGCUCGGCGUCUAUGUUAAACACUUUGAGCCGCUGUUCCUGAAGCAGUCAGAUGCCUACUUCAAGGAGUUUGGCGAGUCCUGGAGCGGUGCCAGCCUCAAAGAGUACAUUGCGGCAUGCGAGACGCUGCUGCAGAAGGAAGACUACCGAUGCAUCGCCUACAACCUGGAGAGUACCACCGAGAAGCAGCUCAUGGACUCGGCCUACAAGAUCCUCAUCGAUCAGUACUCGGACAAGCUGUUGAACGGUGGCAGCCUGGCACACCUAUUGUCCGAGAAGGACUUUAAGUCGAUGAAGGGGCUGUACGAGCUGCUGAGGCUGUCCGGAAUACAAAAGAAGCUGAAGGCACCGUGGGCCGACUACAUCCGAUCAACAGGGGCGUCCAUCGUCUCAGACAAGGAGCGCGGCGACGAGAUGGUGCUGCGGCUGCUGGAGCUCCGACGUUCACUAGACCUGAUGAUUCGCGACGCCUUCGACAAGGAUGAGGUAUUCUUGUGGGGAAUGCGCGAAGCAUUUGGCAAGUUCAUGAACGACCGGGCAACAGCUGCCUGCUGGGACUCGGGGACGUCCAAGAUUGGCGAGAUGACAGCCAAGUACAUUGACAUGCUGUUGCGAGGCGGCCUCAAGGCGCUGCCUAAAGAUCUCCUGUCGGACGUCAAGGACCGGGCCGCGGCCGAGAAACUGGGCCACGCAAGCAGCGCCGACGAAGACGCAGAGCUCGACCGACAGCUGGACCAGGCGCUCGAGCUGUUCAGGUUCAUCGAGGGCAAAGACGCGUUCGAAGCGUUCUACAAGAAGGACCUCGCCAGGCGGCUGCUCAUGGGCCGCAGCGCGAGCCAGGACGCGGAGCGCAACAUGCUCACGAAGCUGCGCAGCGAGUGUGGCUCCAACUUCACGCACAACCUGGAGCAAAUGUUUAAAGACCAGGAGCUGGCCAAGGAUGAGAUGGAGGGGUACAAGCAAUGGAGAGACGCCGAGCCGGAGCGAAAGGCCCGCGUGGAUCUCUCCGUCAUGAUCCUCUCGGCCUCGGCAUGGCCGACAUACCCAGACGUCCGGCUGAACCUGCCCGAUGCAGUCGCCACGGAGAUUGAGCGCUUCGAUGGACACUACAAAAAUAAGCAUACGGGCCGCAUUUUGACGUGGAAGCAUUCUCUGGCACACUGCGCGAUCAAGGCGUCGUUUCCCAAGGGACCCAAGGAGCUUCUCGUGUCGGCGUACCAGGCCGUCGUAUUGAUGCUGUUCAACGACGUGUCCGGUGAGACCGGGUUCCUGACGUACGAUCAGAUAUCGGCGGCGACGGGCUUGCAGGGCGGAGACCUGGAGCGCACGCUGCAGUCGCUGGCGUGCGGCAAGGCCCGCGUGCUGUUGAAGCACCCCAAGGGCCGGGAUGUCAAGCCGACCGACACUUUCUCCUUCAAUACGGCGUUCUCGGACCCCAAGUACCGCGUCAAAAUCAACCAGAUCCAGCUCAAGGAGACCAAGGAGGAGAACAAGGCGACGCACGAAAGGAUCGCGCAGGAUCGUCGGUUCGAGACGCAGGCGGCUAUUGUGCGCAUUAUGAAGAGCCGCAAGAGCAUGGGGCACGCAGAGCUCGUGGCGGAGGUCAUCAACUUGACAAAGAAGCGCGGCAGCGUCGAGCCUGCAGCGAUCAAGAAGGAGAUUGAAAGGUAUGUCGAUCUAUAUCGCAAUGACCCUUAUUGA